AGAAGCAGGGGGGCUGGUCGUUUCAGAAUGGGAAAGAAAGGCAAGGCGAGCGUGUGGGGCUGCUGAUCCUAUUGGACACACCCCUUCGAGUUCCCUUGUACUGGGAAGAAAAGGGAAGGUUUUGUUUUUUUUUCAGAAGCAUCAAGUGCACUGUGUAGACGAGACUUGCUCGGCAGUGUUGCGUUGGUGUUGAAUGUGAACGCCAGGGGAUCUGUCCUGUUAUAACCCACCUCUCCCCUGCAAUGUGAGGGGCCGGGAGCGAUACUUCGGCGAGAGGAUCGUGCAUCAUCUCCCUAGCGAAUGGUAACAGGAGAAGAUCUGGUUUCACCAUGGGAACGAUAAAACUUUUAUUAUUACUUUCCAUGAGCACAUUAACAUUCUCCUUUGGGAUUGAUACUGCAGAAGAUUAUACCUGGCAUUUACGAAGAGCACCCCGAGUGUUGGAAAGAAGAACCAUAAUCAUAGGACCUCCAAGGUUUGAGGCUAAAACCAAACUGUUGAUCAACUCUACCUGUGGGAUUGCUUGCCAAAAGAAACUACCACGGCCAACUGUGUCUGACCUUCAGAAUUACCUUUCUUAUGAAACCAUGUACAACAAUGGGACACGUACAUUGACUGAGGUAGAUAUCAGAGAAUUUGACCUGAAAAACGAAUUAGAGUUUGCUCAGACAAGAAGCCAUUCUAGGAGGAAGAGGCAGGUCUUUGGGUUGGACAGCAGAUUUAGUAUUGGUAACAAGCAUUUCAUAACAAGCUAUCCUUUUAAUACAGCUGUGAAAAUCUCCACAGGAUGUACUGGGAUUCUAGUGUCAAAGAAACAUGUGCUGACGGCAGCUCACUGCAUUCACGAUGGUAAAGACUAUGUGAAAGGUGCCAAAAGGCUAAGAGUAGGAUUUUUAAAGAUGAGAUCCAAGGGGGGUGGAAAAAGGAGGGGAUCUAAGAGGAAUAAAUGGUCAACUAAGGAUAAGCCAUCUUUCCAGUGGUCAAGAGUAAAGCGUACCCAAGUACCAAAAGGCUGGUUCAAAGGAGUGGCCGAUGAUAUUGCAGUGGAUUAUGAUUAUGCUAUUCUUGAAUUAAAGAGACCUCAGAAACACAAGUAUAUGGAGCUAGGAAUUAGUCCCUCUGUCCAGAAUAUGCCAAGCAACCGGAUUCACUUUUCAGGCUUUGAUAACGAUAGACCAGGGAAAUUGGUAUAUCGUUUCUGCACCGUGUCUGAUGAAUCCAAUGAUCUAUUCUAUCAAUAUUGUGAUGCUAAUCCUGGAUCAAGUGGCUCAGGUAUUUACAUUCGUCUUAAGGAGCCAGACAAGCGUGUAUGGAAACGCAAGAUCAUUGGAGUCUUUUCUGGUCAUCAGUGGGUGGAUAUCAAUGGUGUACAACAGGAUUACAAUGUGGCUGUGCGCAUUACUCCACUUAAAUAUGCACAGAUAUGCUUCUGGAUACACGGGAACUACGCUGAUUGCAGAGAUGGUUGAUUGGAUUCAUUAACUAUAUUACAUGCUUUUGUAUCUAUAUACUUGUGUGCAGACAUUAAUCCUUUGCAUACAAAGUGGAUGAUGGUGAUCCAUCAAGGCACAUUGAAAAGAUAUGUGCAAUUUCAUCUCGACUAAAAAAUAUGUUCAGGGUGCUCUAAUUUAAGUAUAUAAAAUGUAAAAUUAAUGGGAGUCUUUCAGAGUAUAUUUUUGACUGGGUAACAUUGCUGUUCAAAAUGUUUAGUUAUUCAGUAUAAAAUUUACUGCAAUAAUUAAUCUGUGGAACAAAUUAUUCAAGGUUGAUAGCCCAAUAAGUAUUCUACCUAAUGAUUUUUGAAAGAUAUAUUAAAAUGGAGAAUGGUGCUUAUUCUUAUUUCUAAAGUUAUUUUUAAGGGUUUGAAGAAUGCAUUACUGCACUCCCCAGAACCUCAUUAUUUGUCCUGCAUACGUAAAAAACUAAUAUAGACUCAGAUUUUAAGCAUUUUCAUUUAUCAAAGAUUAACUAUUUGUGUAGUAGCAAAAUGUACAAAACUAUCCACACAUGUAAUUUGUUACUGAAUUUAAAGUUGUUUGUAAUUAAGUGAAGGUGUGUUUGUCAUUUGUCUUAGUUGUACUGAUCAAUCUUGGAGCAUUUGGAAUUGGAGGUUCAUAAUGGGUGUUGUUCAUAUCUUGCUUCCAGCGAAAUAAAUUGUGGAUAUGCUUAACUUUUGAUGACCUCAACCAAAGUAUACCACUUCAUAAACUAACAGUUUUAAUGGAGCAAAGAUAAAGUAAUGGCUCUCAUCAAUAUUGGAAUAAGAAAGUUUAGUGAAGCUAAAGAAAAGGUAAUAAUGUGGUUUGUUACUAUAUUACAAUUUAUGAUAGAAUUCAUAGAGCAAAUCCUUUAAAAUAUUUUGUGUAAAAUAAAUUUGGUAAUUUAUCCAGUUAAAAGUGUUCAAAUUUCAACCAUUCUCCAUUCUUCCCCCCAAAACACUGAGUCAGUGAUCGAUCAAAAAAAUGUAUCUAUAGCACUGCGAUGAAAAUUAGUGCCUGUGGGGUUAAAACUGACCAAGAACAAUUUUUCUUUUCAGAAACUCUGAACAAUCUCUUGAAGUGAGUUGACUGAUUUAUCUUAUUCAAUUGCAUCUAACCAUCUGAAUAGAAUUAGAAACUAAUGCUUAAAGUACCAGUCUAAUCAUUUGUUGUGCUAACAGUAUACAAUUUUUAUUUAUGUAGAGAGCAAUGGUUAAGAUCUGCAGGCUUGCCUUAAAUAAAAACAUAUGUAAAUCAUUAACAUAAUUCAGAUAUCUUUGGCAGAGGGGUUUAGUGACAAGUACAGUUCUUUAAAGUGCAUUUCAGAAUGCUUUCCGAAACAAAAACUGAAAUAAUAUUUUGGUACUACAUUUUGUCUUGAAACACGUAUUCCAGUGGCAUUAAAACCACGAGAAAUACACAUAUAUGGAGUGAAUCAUAGCAUUAUGUAAAUGAGGAAUGUUAGGAAGGUUAUAUCAGUUUAAAUGCACUGGUGCUAGGCUAUUCGCUACAAUCACAGUCUUUGCAUAAUAAGUAAUUUUCAUAUAUCAGAACUGUAAAAAUAGAAUAGAAAAAGUAUUUAAUUAAGAACUGUCAAGUGGCUCAUUCUGCUUAGUCAGAUCUUUCACUCUUUUUAAAAUUAAAUGUAAUUGUACUCAAAUAAAACAUAGAAGCUGUGUUAAGGAAACCUGAGCAAUUCUUUGAUGAGUAGUUUGAAUAAUGAUGAAUUGUUAACAAAUAGAGAGUGAUCACACUUAUGUAAACAUUGAUGAAAAAUAUCCUCCUCAAAAAUUAUUGGUAUCAUUCAUUACUUUUAAAUAUUUAAAAGAGUACACAUCUACAUAAUAUAAUUAUGCAACGCCUGAACCCAAAUAGAGUCCCAUAGAAAAAUGUUCUGGACUGGAUAAUGACUGACAAUGGUCAUCAAAAAAAAAAUUAUAUAAGAGGGGAAAAAGUGAGCAUUGAUCAGUUUGUUUGCUUCAAGCAGUAUACAUGUUGCUUUACAUUCUUGCUCUUAUGUUGUUAUAAGAAUUUCAUGAAAUGCAUGUUUAGAAAAUGACUUUUUUUGUAGAUUCAUUGAGUUUUUGUAUACUGUAAGACAUGACCUAUUCCUUUGAGCCUCACUGUAUAUUCAGAAAAAUACAGACCUUCUCUGUC